GAAAGCGAAACAAAACUAAAUUCGCAACGACGCGGAUCAUUUUUGUCAAAGAUGUCUUCAGAUGAGGAGUUCUCUCUUGUAUCUGAAGAUGACCUACAGAAAGUCCUGAAUGAAAUUAAACAUCUCAAGUUGCAGCACGAGGCCCUGCUGAAGGACCAUAAACUUCUCAAAGAGGCUAGUGACAAUAAUGUCAAGUUUGCUCAGCAGUUCCAACAGAGAUCUGCACAGUUGAGAAAGAACCUGGAGGAAGAAGAGAAGAAGCACAAUGAGGCUUUGAAGAAGGACCAGGAAAGGCUGGAGAGUGUAAAAAAGGAGAAAAAUAAACUCAUGCUAGAGCUCAUAGAAAUGGAACAGGACCUGACAAAGAUGAAUGAAACCAACCACAUCUUGAAACAGCAGACUGAGGUGUCCACUGCAGUGCCUGAGAAGAAGGUUGUAUUUAAGGGAGAGACAUGUGAAGUAGCUCAGUCCCUAAGCUUUGAUGUGAAGCCCAACAUUGUGUACCCUAUGGAGGGAGGCACCGCCCUCAUCACUUUCGAGGAUGCACAAGUGGCUGAAAAGAUCUUGAGCCUGAUGGACCACGUGGUGGAGAUUGGAGACUGUAGCAUCACCGUACAGGCAAAAACAGUGAAUUUCCUUGUGCCUACCUACGUGGAGAUGGACACUCAGGUUUGCCCACGCCGCAUCCUUGUCUCAAACCUGCCAAAGGAGGAGGCCGAAGAGCGGAUCCUCGACAAGCUCGAGAUUCAUUUCUCCAAGUCGAGGAAUGGCGGAGGGGAGGUAGAGGAAAUAGACAUGCUGCACGAUUCCGGCAACGUGGUCGUCACAUUCAUAGAUGGCAGCGUUUCCAAAGGCCUCACUGAUAAACUCAUUCAUGAGGUCGAGAUGGAAAGGGGGAAAAAGCACAAGGUGAAGGCUACUCCCUUCCUCAAUGGCGAGAUCACGUUUUUCCAGACUCAUUACACCGUAUGCAAGAAGACAGUGCUGCUCACUGGGAUCCCUGCCAUCAUGGAGCAGGAGAACUUGCAGGACCUUCUGGAGAUUCACUUCCAGAAGACAGCCAAUAGUGGGGGAGAAGUGGACGCAAUCGUUUACAACCCUGUGGGUCAUAGCACGCUGGCUGUGUUUGAAGAGGAUUCCCCCAAAGAGGAGUAGAACCAAACAGAAAAAUUAAUGCAGUCUGAUUAGAGCUGAACCAUCAAAGAUGAAGUCUGAUUAUAGCUGAACGAUGUCCAACUAGGCUCCUACAGGCGUUCCUUUCCUCAGACGUUUGUUCCAACUUUAAUUUAUUUUCCAUUCAUAGGUGGCUUUCACACUCAGUUUAAUCUGAAUCAGAGUUCUGUUGGGGUCAAAACUUGGUGAUGGCUUUUCUUUUGGCAAUUUGGCUUCAUUUUUAAAUUUGGGACCAGACCACAAGCACCGUCCUUGAUUUCACUUGUAAGAGGUGGUCUGGGUGUGAUUUGGAGCAUGUACUAUUGCCCCUACUCAUUCAGAAAAUAAAUCCAUGAACAGACAUCCCACUGCCAACUUUACUGUAAUAACAGUAUUAGUGGUGCAAAAAUCCACUGAAUGCAUUCAACAGACUCCUCUUGCUAACACGUGCAUUUUGGCAGAACUGUACAGUGUGAAACCAGUCCAGAAGUAUUUGUAUUUGGACUCCAAAACAAACCCAAAACCAUGGAAACGUCCAAAGCGUGCGGUGCAUGGGCCUAUGAGUGGAAUUUAAAGUAUGCUACAACAGGGUUAACUUUAAUUAGUGCAGCGAUUUAUCAGAGGUGUUCGUUAAGAGGAGAAAACAACCAUAUUUACUCAAACUGGUUGGUUUUUGUUUUCUGCAUUUCUCUUUCCAUGGUUUAGUUAGAAAUAUAAGAAUAGAGUGUAAAUUAUGAGAAAAUGUGUAGGACAAUAAGUACAGAAACAUGUAAUUUAGAGAUAGAAAAAUGGAGCGUAUGCAAGUAUAGAACAUAUGUAAGAAUGCAUGUAUUUACAACGUUGAUGACAUUUAUUUCUCUCAUUAUUAAAAGGUGCUGAUCAAAAUAGCAUUUUCUAUUCUUGAAAAUACUAGUUCGAAUUUAAACAUAAAAAGUGAACAAAUUAACAAAAUAUUGUGUAAAGAUCAAAUCUCAUUCACUGGUUAUAAUGCACAGAAGAAAUGUGUUCACUUUAGUUUUGACCAACACCAGAACUUAGUCGGCAACGAAGCAAAAUUACAAGCCUCACAAGCCAUAGAUGGUUAUGGCACACACAUAAUUUAGGAUUUCCUAGUGGUGCUGAGUGCCUGCUGCGCUAAAUCAGACUGAACACUAAACUGAUCCUCCAGGACUGAGGUCUGACUUCCGCUAGUCUGCAACGAAGCCAUUAGAUAUGGACAUAAGCAUUACACACACACACACAGUAUAUAUCUUAUAUAAUAAUAUAUACGCAUAUUCAAGCACAGAUUUAUUGUAAAAACAACAGAAGUGAAAUGUAACAACAGUCUUAUGUGCACACACAAUAUUUAACAAAGCAACAGGUAAAGCAGCAGCUUAGCAAAACCCACAGGACAGUGAACAGAGAACAGUCACUUUUAUCAGGCACUUUGGAGAAACAAAGAACAAGAGAAAAACGCAUCUCAGAAACAGGCCAGCAUGGACGCAGAUCAGUUUUAAAAACAAACAAGGAAAUAAAACCUUAAAUCUUUUCUACCUUAAAAUGCACACACACGCUGACACUGCAAACAACACACGACCUAGUGCAUUACAGUUUGUGAGUUCAAUUCAGUUGUGCAGUGCUGCAUGCCUGGAGGCACACACACACACA